AACACAUUAAAUGACACAUUAAUAAAUACAAUAGUUAAAAACAACAGAGGUUAAACAUGCAUGCAUGAAUUAGCAUCUGUGUGACAGCGAUAUCUACAUGAAGAGAAACCGAGAGAGGAGAUGGUUACAACCCGACGGCUGAAAAAGUGAAUGAUGGCUGUAGGCAGGAGGGAUGAAAGAGGUAGAGAGAGUCGGAUGACAGAAGGAGGAGGGACAACAGUAGGAGAUAUGCCUCAGAUUAUCAACCAGUGUCAGAUGCUCUAGAGACAGAUAAAGAGGGGGAGUGGACAGGAGCGUGACAGGAGAGAGAGACAGAGACAGAGGUCGUUCAUGCAAGUUGGGCUGGGAAGAUGACUGAUGUGAAAGGCGUAUCGUCUGUGGAGGUGCCGGAGGGGAAGUUAAUGAAGAAGGGUUCCAUCAAGAAGAAGAUCGAGUCAUUGAGGCGAUGGAGUUCAGCAAGUAUGAAGAGGCCUCCAAAGCCAAAGGCCAAGACCCUAAGUCUGUGCUCCCCUGUGGGCGACCCCGAUGAUCUGUGGCUGCAAGAAGGAGACAGGAGGAAGCUGCGGCCCAUCGUCGACUCCGUCUUUGGGCAGGACAGAGAUCUACGACCAGAGGAAAUGGAAGAGCUACGUGAGGCCUUCAAGGAGUUCGACAAAGACAAGGACGGGUUCAUCAGCUGUAAGGACCUUGGGGAGUGCAUGAGGACUAUGGGAUACAUGCCGACAGAGAUGGAACUGAUUGAACUCAGCCAGCAGAUCUGUGGUGGAAGAGUGGACUUUGAGGAUUUCGUGGAACUGAUGGGUCCAAAGAUGCUCGCUGAGACCGCAGAUAUGAUUGGAGUCAAGGAGCUGAGGGACGCCUUCAGAGAGUUUGACUCUGAUGGCGAUGGACAGAUCAGUCUCGGGGAGCUUAGAGAAGCCAUGAAGAAGCUGAUGGGGGAGCAGCUCAACCACCGAGAGAUCGACGAGAUCCUGCGAGAUGUAGACCUCAAUGGAGACGGACAGGUGGACUUUGAAGAGUUUGUUCGAAUGAUGUCUCGCUGACUCGUCACUCUGCUGCACUAAACUCGACAUGGACCAGACUGCACACUGUUAAUGUUCUUGUAAUUCUUUUUCAUGUACAAAGACUUCUUGGUGUGUGUAUGUGUUUUUUCAGUUACCCUAAUCAUCUCUCAAAUAUAAAACAAUCCCCUCAAUGUGUUAGCAUUGUGUGACUGUAAUAAGUGUUUAACAUGUAAUGAGAGAUUAUAGAGGAGAUGCUUUAACCAAAAUUGGGGUCUUUUUGAAAGUUAAUUUAAAUUUGAAUAUAUUUGAACUGAGAAUCACAUCAGCAACACCAUAUAGUAACACAAUAUAUACUCUAUAUAUAUAUAUAUAUAUAUAGAGUAUAUAUAUGUAUGUGUGUUUGUGUCAGU